ACUUAAUUUUAUAACAUAUAAAAUAGAAAAAGUGUUUUUCUGGAUAAAUAAAAUAUAUUUAAGUAUUUGUACCAAUUUAAUUAUAUACGUAAUAGUUACUAAAUUUUUAAUUACUCAAUAUAUAUUUAUUAUUUCAUAAUACGUAAAAAAUAUAUAAUAAUUUAAAAUUAUUUAUAUAUAAUAUUCAUUCCGCGCAAGGUGCGGAUAACCUAGUCAGAUAUUAAACAUUAAAACAGAACAUAAUGGCAAGCACAUAUUUAUGUAAUUUCUAUGCUGACACAAUGCAAAACUUAAUGGACCAGGUUUGGAAAAGAUUGACAAAAACAUGUAUAAACUGGGAUGAAUCAUGGUCUGUUACUGAAGAUCUCAAUGAUAUAAUUGGUAAUCAUUAAAAAGAAACAGGGCGGAACUCUGUUAACAUGACUGAGAAUUGUGGAUUGAUUGAGUUCCUAACCCUAGGAAAUACUUUUUCAUGGAGUGGGCAAAGAGGGGGACAAGUUAUCAGAUGUCGGUUCGAUUGGGCUUUCGGGAAUUGACAUAACCUAUUCCCAUGUUGAUAUGUCGAAUAUUUAAGUAUGAUUUCCGAUCGUACCUUUGAUUGAUAAUAUAGUUAUAAGGGAAAAAAACAGUUCCAGUUUGAUAAAAGAUGGAUUGGUGAAAAGGGCUUCAUGGAAUCAGUAUCGAGGGGAUUGUUUUCAAGGGAUACAAUGCAUAUUGCUGUAACAGUAAAAUAUAUAUAUGCUGACACAAAAUUUUGGUUUGAAGGCAAAAUUAACCACUUUAUGGGAAUGAAAAAAUAAAUAAUCUACAGAAGACUCCUGAGAAAGUAUAAAUGAUUUGACAAAAUCAUAUGAGGAAGUUCUGGCCAUCUCUCAGAAAUUGAUUAUCUUGACAGAGAACAAUAUUGAGAACAUAAAAAUAAGAAUAUGUGGCAUAAGAAAAGAAAUAGAAAUACAAAAUUUUAACAAGCACUGACAAACCAAAGAUGCAUUCAAAAUAAAAUAAUUGGGUUGUAUGAUAAAUAGGAUAAUAAAAAGAAAAAAAAUAAAUUAAGUCACACCUAUGUUACCUAAAAAAGUAAGAAUCUGGUAAUAAUAAAUUAACAAAUGAAUUCCUUCAUUUCAGGUUGGCACCGUACGAAUCGCGUGAAUUAAGUCAUACCUUUGAACUUUUACAUUUUAGUCGGCCUUCUUGUCGCCACAAGUAAGUCUCAACCUUCAACUCUUCUCUCCUCUCCUCGCAAAGUAUAAACUUUAUUUUCUACAAACUGACCUUUCCAAACAACUUCUUUUCUAUUGGGUAACCAAAAACAAUGAACCAUCUAUAUAUACGGCAUAUAUUAAUUCAGUAUCUAAAUCACUAAGAGUCUCUUACAUAAACAUCAAUCCCAACAAAUCAUCUACUAUAAAACCCCACUUUGAGAAAAAUAAUCCAAAACAAUGUACUCUUCAUCGUCUGUAUCAAAAUGCGUCAUUUUGAUCCAUGUCUUUGCCAUGCAACUUCUCCUUAUAAACAGCGAAUUGCCCUUAAACACGACCAAUGCGUAUCUCAACCACAAAUGCUUUGUUAGUAAAGGAAAAUACAAGCCGGGAAGUGAGUACGAGAAACAGUUAAAAUUGACCAUCAAAAAUUUCUAUUCCGACAGUGGCAAUAAAGAAGGUUACACCAUGUUAGGCUCUGAUGGGUUUUCCGCUAUCCUCCAAUGCCGCGGCGACUCCUACGGGAGCAAAUGCCGCGACUGCUAUGCCACCGCCGUUGCUGCGCUUCAUAGGAGAUGUCCGUGGUACAAGGCGAAAAUAAUAUGGUAUGACCAAUGUCUUCUCUCGUUUGAUACCAAAUAUUCUACUGGGCAGAUCGAUUACGACAAUAAUUUUUGUAUGUCGAACGCUAAGAAGUUGGGAGGAGAUAAACUCGCGUUUAUAAGGACUUGGAAUAUUUUCAUGGACAAUUUGACGACUUUAGCCCUCCGUGUUGAUAAUAAUGACCCAAAAACAUCACCAUUGUACGCUGUGGGGGAGACGAGGUUCAAGGGUGAUAUGAUGUAUGGAAUGGUGCAAUGUACGAAAGACAUACCCGAAAAAGCUUGUGAGGAGUGUCUGGUGUUUAAUAGCAUUCAUUUUCAAUUUUGCUUGAAUGAUAAACGAGGAGCGAGAUUUAUGAGUAGAAGCUGUACUUUUAGGUUUGAGUUUUACCCUUUUAUUGCCAAGCAGGUCCGGAAUAUUUAAAGAGUUAAAUAAAUAUUUUUUUUUGGAAUAUUUUUCAAUCAAAAGGUUAUGUAACAUCAAGUGCAACUCUUUUUUCAUGAAUGUUCAAAAGAAUAAAACAACAAAAUAAUGACUGAAUAAGAGAAUGCUCGUCUAUUUUGUUGCUUUAUGCUUGAAAAAGUGUUUUCUCUACCUUUUCUCUUAUUGAGAGAUUUUUUUUUGUGCACGGAGAGAAGUCUAUCUGAUAUAUUUUAAUCAUAGAGCAUUACAACAUGUUUUCUUAGUCACAUGUCAUCACGAAAAUGAUUCUUAAAAUUCUUAAAAAAAUAAGUUAGUCCAUAUAAACAUAUACUAUGCUUCUUAUUAAAUUAACUAUCAAAUUAAUUAGUAGUAUAUAAAAGAAUAUUUUUUAUUUCUUUAAAUAAAAGCUACGGAAUUACCUAAUAUAAUAUAUAUAUAUAUAUAUAUAUAUAUAUAUACAAUUAAUGAUCAUGAAUAAUACUUUUUGAUAACAAUUUUUGUAUCAUAUAUCUUUUUUGUUUAAUUUUAUAUUAUUAACAUAUAUUAAACAAUCAUAUUAUGCAUAUAAUGAAAAAUAUAUUUUUUAUUAUAUGUUAUAUUUUGAAUUUUAAAACCAACUAUAAAUUACUAAAAAUGGUAAAAGUCCCACAUUGAAAAUUUUGUGAUCAAUGGUUUAACUUUUUUUGUUCAAUCUAGAUACAAAUGAUCAUAUAUCGUAGAGAACGAACGUUCGGAUACACGUUCGGGUUCGUAUCGGAUAUUUAGGAUUUUUCGGGUAUUUCAGUAUAAAGGUAUAGGACCCGUUCGGGUAUUUCAGUAUAAAGGUAUAGAACCCGUUCGAGUAUUUCUACACAUCGGGUCGGGUUCGGGUAUUUUAUGUUCGGGUUCAGAUAUUUUGGGUCGGGUUCAGAUAUUUAAAUUUUAAAGAAAAAAUAAAUAAAUUAUUCAUUGUUUAAUCUUUGUGUAUCAAAAUUAUAUUUUUAACUUAACUGGUUUUCUAAUUUUUAAAAGAUUAAACUAUUAAUAAGUUUGGAGAUAAAAAAUUUAAAACAGAAAAACACUAAUUUAGCUGUUGUUUUGAAACUUUAGAUUCAACUUUUGUUAAUGUAAGAAACAAGAGUUUGAUAUAUAUUUUAAGUAAGUAGCAAAUGAUUUUUUCCAUAAUUAUAUGUAUAUUAUCUAAUUUUGAACAAUUUGCAUCAUUAAUAUAAGUAUUUAAAAUAAAAUGAGAGAAGUAAACUAGAAAUAUAUGGUUAAUUUUAAUUAUGUUUGGUUAUCUUCGGAUAUCUAUUCGGGUUCGGAUAUUACCCGUUCGGUUCGGAUAUUACCUGUUUGGGUUUGGAUAUCCAAUCAUUCCGAAUUCAAUAACCGUUCGGGUAUUUUACUACUGCGGUUCGGAUUUUUGGAUCGGAUUCAGAUAUGGGUUCAAGUAUCAGAUAAAAUGCUCACCCUAAUAAAUUGUAUGAAUAUGAAAUCUCAUUAAUAGAUAUUCAUAUUAUAUAUAUAUAUAUAUCAUUUGAAAUGAAUUAUAGCUAUAUUAAAAUAUAUAAAUAUGUUAAUUUCAAAAUUUUCAGUGAAAAAUUAUUGAGAUUUUAAUAUUUUAAUUUUGAAAUUUGUAUUGAAAAAUCUCACAUUAAAGUUUUGUAAUUAACGGUUUAAAUUUUUGUUACAACAAAUAUACAAAUGUUAAAAAAUAAAAUGAGUAGGAAGUGUCAAUAAUAAGUAUUUAUAUAAAAAUAUACUAUAUAUCUAUGUCAAUAUCUAUAAAGUUUAAUUUAUAUCAUAUAAAGUAAAUAAAAUAUUUGUUUUGAUUUAUUUACCAAAAAAGUGAUUGUAAAUAACAAAAGGUAUUGGUUUUGAUUUAUGUGAUUACUAUAAUGUAAAUACUUUUAUGUAUACAAAUUAUUUUUUAAAUAUGUGGUUUAUGAUAUUUUAUUUAAUCCUGACAAUCUCAGAAACACACUUCUUCAAAUCGAAGUGAUUUUUAAUAUUGGAAGCAUUAUAUAUAUUAUUUCAUUCAGAUUAAAUAAUUUAGUCUUGAUUUUUAUUAUUAAAAAGCUUUUAAUGAAAUAUCAUGACAAGAUUUCAAUCACCUCCUUUUGAGUUUGUUCGAAGAAUGAGAGAUUUGAAUUGUUUCACCGUGAUACCCUAUCUAGCUAUUAUAAUUGUAAGAAUGAGAGAUUUGAACUAUUCAUUAUAAGUGUUUUGGUUUAUCAUUUAAUAAAUCAAACAGUUCUUAAUUUAUAAAUAGUUUACAUAUAUUAGAAUGGUAAAAUAUCAUAUAUACUUUUUUCUAUAUACUCUUAAGUAACUAAACCUCAAAAGUGUAGGCUAAUAAAAUAAGUAACUUGUUUUGUUAUUCUAUAAUUAGAUGAUUUUAAGACCGAACUGGUGAAUAUAUACUAGAUAAACAUUUAUAUUUCGAGUCUGCAAUUAUAUUCUAUAAUAGCUUGAUAUAUUAGAUUUUAACACUAACCUGUUAAUAUAGUUUGCCAGUAAUUUUUUUCAAAUUUUUAUUCUUAGAUAUGUAUCUGAAGUGGAAAUAAUUUAUACAGAUGUCCACCUUUUUAAAUUGACACUUAUGUAAUUCACCAAAUUCAUAGAAAAAGUUAAAAGGAAACUAAACUCAUAUCAAUGAAACAAAUACAAGAACUAAAACACAAUUUUAU